AUGUCAGAAGUGACACGCACCCCUACUAACACAGAAACAGCAUCCUUCUGGCAAGGCCUCUUCCACUCGAUCUUUACACCAGAAUACAACACAGUCGCACAAGGAAUCAUGAAUUUUUCCUUUUACGCUCUCUUUUUGGUGCUGUUCAUUCUAGUUUUCCUUACCAAUUACAAUCCGCAUGUGAUUGCGCUAUUGACAUUGGCGGUUGGUUUGUGGAUGAGCGUUAAUUGGUUCAUGAAAGAGCUUGCAAAACUUCCUGCGAGUAGUAAGCAGGUUCAACAAAUGCCCGAUGCUAUACAGGAAGAGAAAAGCAAGAAGGAUCUGUAG